GGAUUUUCUCCGGCACUAAGCGUGACAGUCGCAAAACACAUCACACUCUUACCUGUCAGUUCAGGGCAUAGGGCCUAGCCCUCCUGAUUCCCUCAAAAAAUAUGUCAAAAACUCGAACCGAUGAUGGGUUCUCAUCAUCCCCCAUACAUCCACCCCACAGUCGCAAUCCGUAUACAAACGCCCGGAGUCAGCUCAGAAAGAGUCUCAAGCGAUCGGUGGGGGCGGCAGCGCUUCCUUCCCCCCCGCAGAGCAUGACAAAACACCGAGUGCAGAAUGGUGCAAGCAAAAGGCAUCGGGUCACCGUCCUCAAACCCCGCCCCCUCGGAGUUUGAUGCCAGCCCAAGCCCCCGUUACGCCUCCCCUGACACGGAAACGUGCAAACAAGACAUCCCAUCCGGGACCUAUCAGGGAUAGUCCCAACAAUCCGUUCCUUUCUACAAGCCCUCGAUACCCUCGCGCCACUGGUCUCCCUCCUUUGGAGGAGCGAGAAACUAUUGAUUUUGUUUUUCGAGGCGCUAAGACAUCAUUCCCUAAUCCAUUUAAGAAGCGGCCACUCGCUCCUGGUGAGGUCGAUCCAUCAACUCUGGAUCCUGCGGACCUGAAUUUCUCACCGGAUACUGUGAUUCAACCAAAAUUGUUGUGGCCUUCGUCACCGUCAUCACCGACGACUCGCUCCCAGACUACCACAGCCAGACUAAAAUCAUCGGGCCUUGGCUCUCCUACUCUUUCGCCACCAGGUAAGCCCUCGCGUCCUUCAUCCUCAACAGAUACUUUCCCUCCUGGGCCGCCUGUUUCUCGGUGGCUCUUCCCCGAGGCGCACGCCGCUGGCCCAUUGCACCACGCCAAAAUGGCCGAGAUGAGGGAAGGCGUAAAGAAAGGGAGGAUGUCGAGAACUCUGGUUAUUGCGCAGGCGCAUGGCCCGAUACGACCUGGGAAGGAAUGACUGGCUACUGUUGCACGAUCUAGCUUGUCGCACGAGCCUAGUUAUAUUCCGAAAUCUGUGAAGGUGAAGGCUCCUGAGCCUUUUGACUCGAAAACCAUCCAUUUCAGCCUCAGCGACUUUA